AAAAAAGCCGUGGCGCUCCGAGCUCAUGGCAAAGAUUUGCCGCAAAAAUCUUGUCUGGGUCGCGUGCGACUUGCUAACGGUUUCUCGACCUACGUCGGCAAAGCGACCUGGCGGAAAUGGAGGUUUGAAAUUUCCACGAAACUCGACGGUCUCGCUCUGCUAAAGACUUGCGAGUUCGUUCUCUCUGGUCUUCUCGUUUCUUAGCAUGAGUUCCUUGAAAGUUCCGCAGCCGCUCGCCCCAACCGAAUUUUUCCACGCGUGAGGUUUGCCCUCAAUUUGAGUCUCGCUGUCGAACUUCCUUGGGCCCUUUGGGGUCUUGGCUUUUCUCGACUCGACAAGAGAGCAGAGCUCGCUGUUGCCUUCCCAGAAUCACAGUGUGCUUCUCUCUUUUCGUAAAGACGAGGAACCAUGGAGAAACGCCGACGACGGCGGGCUUGCCCGUCGAGAUCUCAAGGUGACGUUGUGGGUUUUCUUUUUCAGAGGAAGUUCGUUUUUCCCUCUAACAGAUUGACUCCUCAGGGCGCACGCACACCCGACUUUUUUCGUUUUCUCUCCAACCUCACUUGCCGCAAGUUUCUCGUCUGUUUGUUUCUCUCAUGUGCCUCGUUGGCGGACCUGCCUCUGUCGCCGGCGGCGUUUUCUCCAGGUUUUCCCCGUCGAACCUCUGGAAUUUUUGCUUCUGCAGCGACACCACUCCGCGCAGAAGCUGCGGAGAGUCUCGACUCUUCCGUCAGCUCUCCUCAGUCCUUUUCUGUGGAGAAAGAACCGCUGUCCCUGUCGCUGUUUGAGUCUGACGAAGGUCCAAUGGGCGGGGCAUUCCGUGCACUGUUCCCUCAGCGAAGCUCCGGCACUUUGAAGGCGGAUGCCAAGGAUCGAGAAGCGCGAAGGACGCUCGAGUCUUUGUCUCUGCCGGCCGCAGAGGGUGCUUCCUUCCUCGGCCUCGCUGCGAAAAACGGCGAAAGCCGAAAGUCGUGGUUUCCCCUCCCCGCCGACAGCACUGCCGCGCCGCCUGAUCCCCAGCCAGGGCGACGCGGGGUGCGCGUCCGUCUGAAGCAGACUUCACACGCGUUGAUGGUUCCUGCUGCGGUGGUAGGAGCAGACGCCGCGGGUGUGUCUUCGAGCGCAGUCCGGCUGGGCAACGAACAGCCGGGUGCUUCCCGCUCUGCACAAAUGCCAGGAGGUCCUCCGAAGACCGUCACCGGGACUCCACCUGCGUCGGACGAAGCGCCAGUCCAGGCGCAUGCGUCGAUGGUGCAGGUGCACGAAGCGACACAGGGCAUCGGCACCAUGCUGGCGGGUGCAGGAAUUAGUACGCUUCUCGGAGGACUCAAUCAGUAUCAGAUGGGUCCUUUCAGUCCGGCGACUCCGACGUCCCCAGGCGUGAUGCCCGGUGCAGCCGCGAGUCCUCUGCCCGGGGCCGCAGCUCCCGGCCUCGCAGCUCCAGGCGCCGCGCUCCCGCAAAUGAGUCCCGCAGCCACGGCUCUCGCAGCGCCUGCGGCCCUCGCUCCCGGCAUCGUCGCUCCGCAGGAAUCUUCCGAACCCAAUGUCGUCGCGAUUUCCCUCGGAAUCGUCGGCGGACUCAUCGCUCUCUGCCUAGUGGGAGGAUGCGUGUACACCGCCACCAAAAAGAAGAGACGAUAA